ACUAGUAGACACUCUAAUUUUUUAAGGUUAUGUCAUAAGUAACCAGGUACUGCAAAUUUUCUAUAAAUACCCAUUUAAUAAUGAGUUAAAUACUAAAACGACCAUGGCAGCGUUGUUGGGGGCCCAGUUGGUAAUAACAUUGGUCGCAAUAAGCGUAAUUCAAAAAGUAGGUCCUUAUUUUUCUUUUGCCAGGUGGUUAUUAUGUUCCACUGGCCUCGUUAGAUAUUUAUAUCCCACUGAUAGCGAAUUGAAAGAAUUAGCAAAUAUUCCCAAAGAAAAAUCAAAAAAUCGUAAAAAUGCUAAAAUUCAAACGAACGGCAAGACCACUACGGAUACUUUUCAUAUCCCGCGAUCACUAGACAUUAAAUUAGAUAGUGUUAAAAUUACUAAUUUAGAUGUUAUACAUAUAAGAUAUUAUACGGAAUACCAGUGGCUCGUCGAUUUUUCCGUUUACACUUUCGGCGUUUAUGUAACGACAGAACUUUACCAAUUUUGGUUUCCAUUGAAAAACGAAAUGAAUUUGAGUAUGGUGUGGUGUUUUUUGGUGAUACUCUUCGCAGUUAAAUUACUUUUCAGUUUAACUAUACAAUAUUUUAAAGGAACUGAAUCUGUUGGGGAGAGAUCAACUUGUAUUGUCAUGGGCUUUGUAUAUUUAUUAAUAUCCAUGAUGGUUUUGAUUGUUGAUGAAAAUAUGUUAGAAAUUGGUCUGGAAGACGCUUAUGUCAGUUUUAAUAAAAGUGCUUCGACUUUUUUACAUAAACAAGGAUUAGCAACAACUGGACCAGCUUCCAAAAUCGUUCUCAAAUUCAUCAUGGCUGUUUGGUGUGGGAUUUUGGGAGCUUUGUUUACUUUUCCAGGAUUCCGUAUGGCCAAAAUGCACUGGGUUUUAUUGAAAUAUUUUCAAGAUAACAAAUUUAAACAGUUAUUUCUCAAUGUCACUUUCGCCUUACCAUUUAUUUUAGUUAUAUUUUGGAUAAAGCCCGUAUCUAGAGAUUAUUUGACUGUUAGAAUAUUUUCCGGAAGAAGUGAACCACUGAUGACUGAAGAUAGUUUUGAAUCUCUCAGGUUGAUAGCAAUAGUUGUAACUAUGUGUCUUAAAUUAACAUUAAUGCCGUGGUAUUUACAAGCUUACCUCGAUAUGGCACAUCACCGUUUAGAGAGACAAAAAAAGGAAGCCGGAAGAAUAACAAAUAAAGAAUUGCAGAAACAGAUCGCUGCGGUUUUCUAUUACCUCUGCAUCGUAACGGUCCAGUACGUAGCGCCGAUCGUACUGUGUGUCUUCUUCACCUUCAUGUACAAAACACUCGGUGAAUACCAAUGGACAGGACAUUACUUGAAAUACCAAACGUCCCCCAACGAUACUCUACCGUCUAAUUCGACUCCGGCAGGUUAUUUCCAAACAGAAGAAAAUGGUAAAUCCAUACUGGAAUCUGCAGCCGAAUUUCAUUUAACCAUAGAAAGUUUGAAGGAGGUUUUUCCGUAUAUAGUGUUUAGGGGUUUGUUCGGUUUUGCGACGUGGUGGUGUUGUUUUUUGUAUUUUGCAACUACUUCUUUCGGGUUAAUUUAUCAAUCUUAUUUUUCCAAUUUUUGAUAUGAAUAAAUAAUUUCAAAUUUGAUUUAACUUCCCUUUUUCAGUCAACUAAAGACUUUCCUUUAUCCAUCCAAAGUGAUUAACUUUUUCUUUGGUACUGGAAAUAUUGUACAAGGAGGUAUUAAUAAAUUCACACCUUCAAUUUUAGUGCCAAUUGGACAAAGUAUAUAACAGGCCCAAGGGAACUGAGGAAAUCUAAAAGAAAAACUUCUUUCAGGGAAUAUAUGAGUUAGCCCCAAAAAGUCUUAGCUGAAAUCCAUUCAAAUGGACAGGAUUUUUAACGAAGACACUGCCAUCUCCACACCAUGGGCAUCACGGACGAUCCGGAGUGUCGUUGGUGCAUGGAGGAAGAUCUGGUUUAAGCACUUGGGCAAGCCUCACAGUUUGCCUAAUGACAUAAAGGGUUCAAGCCAAAGCGCUUAAUCGGCUUUGGGAGGAAGAUAUGAGUAAAGACUCAUUUUCCCAGUUCAGAAAAUGAAACUCGUAUUAGAGCAUAGACUGCUUUAUUGAAAAUAGAAAUAUUUACAACUCAAUUCACACUUUAAUCAUAAAAAAGCUUAAAUAUGAUUGAAAAUACAGUCGAAACAUUUAUUUAGAAUUAGUAGUAUUUUUUUCGAUUUAUAAUCAAUAUUUUUAUUCUUCCCUUAUUUGCGAUUUAAAUUCUUUUAAUAUAACUAACAGUGAUAAAUAAAUACUUUGACAAAAAAUUACAUUCACAUUAAAUUAUUACGGUUGUCAUACACGAUAUGGUGAGCCGGAGACGUUGACCUAUGCGUUUCGAUUUUCUAGUUAUCAUCUUCAGAAACAGUGUAAGGCCGUGGUUAUACUGGAUGCGAGUCUGGACGUUUUUGUACUCUUAUUGAUGUUAUGAGAAAACGGUACUCAACAAGGACUUUUCGGAAUGCAUGGACCCAGAGAAAAGCUGCUGAAGAUGACGCAUUUCUUGAUUUCAUAAAAGCAAUUGACACGAGUAAAAAAACGCACGGAACGGCAUCCAGUAUAACCAAAGCCUAAUUGUCGGUGUUGGUUAGGUUAGGUUAGCCCCUCCGGUAGGACCGCACCGUGUACGCCUUACUUUACACGUUAAUUUCUUAUAUACAAAUAAAAUAGCAAGCGAUAAGCAUUGUUUUGAUACGUUCGGCAUAUACAAAAGUUUACAAUUUACAUUUUCACGUUGAAAUAAAAAUCUUAUUCGCGGUUGAUUCCGAAUCGAUUGGUAACCAAUUAACGAACACCGAAUUCAAAAUUGAUCGGUUCCCAAACUGAUUGUUUUGAAAAAAAUUGAUUUUUUUAGAUGGAAACUUUUCCGAAAGCGUAAUGUUGGUAGUAUUUAUUGAUAAAAUAUAGGUUAGAAGUGAUUGCUUCUUUCGAUUCCUGUAUGAUAGUGAAAGUGGUCCGGAUUAGUUUUCGAACCAUUCACAUCAUGAUCAUGGUUACUGAAAAGUCUCAAUUCCAUCUAUUCCAACUAAAUAAAAUAAUAAAUAACUUCUUAUAUCUAAAUAUUAUUGGUUUCUAUAGAGGUACAAUUUAAAAACAAUCAUUGAUAUAACAAAAUUGACGUUUUAAAGUAUUCCGGAUAACUCGGAAUCGUAACCUAACCUAAAAAAUUUCUUAUCAUAUGUAGAAAUUGUUUAAAUUUGAUAUUCAACUAUUAUUUACGAUACACAUAGCGUUUUAUUUCGAAAAAUAUUAAAUGUUCACCAAAACUUUUCAUGUUUCUUAGCUUUUCAUAGUCUAUCAUUUUUUUUUUAUUACUUUGUUAGUCUUUUUAUAGUUUUUCUUAUUAGGUAUUCAUUUUGUUACUAUAAAUACACGAAAAUUACAUUCAUUUAUUUUUUUAAAGCAAAUCGAACAUUGUGAUACCUAAACAUUUGUAGCAAGUGAGUUUUGAAACGUUUAUUUAAGAAUAAAAAGAGUAGUACAAUAAAAAAAAAUCACCUUAACCUUUUCAUUGCGACACCCUCCUAUAAAUCGAGCCAGUGAGACUUUCACUCAAUAAGUCGUAUGACUGACACACAGAUGGCGCCAGAAUUGUCAAAUCCAGAUGACGUUUAUGAAGUACCAACUUUCAAAAGACUAUGGCGAGAGGACAGCAUACAAGAAACAGUCGGUUUCCCCCCACGAAGCAAUGAAAAAGUUAAUGUUGAAGAGAUUUUUCAAUAAUCAAAAUCGGGUGGCGAUUUUCAGCCUUUUUUUUUGGAUCAAUUAACAAAAAAUUCAUACACCAAAAUAGCAGAUUUUGUUCUGUUAGUACGUCCAUAGAUUAUUAAUUGGGGGGAGGGGCUUAUUUUACUAGUCAACUUUUCAUCAAAAUUUAAUUUUAAAAUUUUUAAUAUCACAUCUAAUAUUGUCAAAUUCCAAAAUUUAAUACGAUUUUUUGUUUUUUUCUACUAUAAUAGAAAUAAUAGCAGGUAGUAACAUUUUGGAAAUUUUUGAUAAAAAGCUGAUUCACAAAUUUUGAUUUCAGGCUCUGAGGGUCUGAAGUCCUCAAAGCAUCAUCUUUAGAUUUUAAUCUACACUCAUUAUUAACAGGAUGACCGCCGAAAUUAAACUGUACAAGUAAAUAAUAGAUAAAAAAUUACUUAUUAUAUUAACAUUUUUAAAAAUUUUCGAGAUAAUUCGAAAAUACUAGUUAGAUGUAUACUUAUAUCGACAAGACUCGAGGAAAAGAAGAAUAAAAUAACCAAUCGAAUAACUUAUCUAAUCUCGUUUGUGCCGUCCCCUGGGAUAACUAUACACAAGGUACUGGACUACAACGACUUAUCUGAUCGCCUCCAAGUCUUAACACUCUUAAUAAAAUUAAAUAAGACAUGGUUAUAUUUUUUAUUGAACCAUUGGCGUCUUCUACAAGCCUUCAACCAAAUACCAAGUCACUCAGGACCUUUAAAAGUAUUCGAUCCUGAGACCUCUUCAGCUACAUCUUCAAGGGGUUAGUAUGGAUGUAAACACAAAGUCCAUUGUAAAUUCUUCUCAUAACCAAACAAAACCUUCCUCAACUGAUUUUCCCAUUAUCUUUCGAUUGGUUGCGUCCAUUGUCUUUGACAUACAGCAACUUAACGAUAUGCAAUCAAUUUUGCAUAAUUCUUACAUUCUACAAUUUGAAUGUAGCCAUUAUUUUCUUAUCUUUAAUGGUAGCUUCGGUCUUCAAUUUUGUUCUGAGCUCCAUAAACAAAAAUUCAAGAAAUUUAUUUUAAAAAAAUCUCACAUUUUUAUUAAUUUCUUUCCUUUUAUAACCUCUAUUUUUAUAUUUUUCGAAAUAACUCUUUGGAGUUGUUUCCCCUUUAUUUAAAAAAUUUCACUGUUUUUCUAUAUGCAAUCAUUUUUUAUCCAAAGAUUUUAUAGUUGUUGAUCAUAUUUCAAUUAUUCUAGUCCUGUUUACAAAUUUCCCAUAUUGAUUUUAUCUCAUUUAACCAUUCUUUCAUUUAUUUCUUCAUUUUACUUUUUUCCGAUGCUAUAGGACUGAUUCGAUAGUGUUACAAAAUAAUUGAGAAAUGGCAGUCAACCUGUUAGGAAUGUAAUGAAAUUUCCACAGAGUUUUUGUAAUAUAUUAAUCAAAAUUUUCAAAGUACCUAUAUAAUUAUAUAAAAUAAACUAAAUAAAAAAAAACGAUUAGAAAUGUAUAUAAUACAUAUUAUAAUUA